UUUAUAAAUACAUGGGUUACUUGGAAUUAAAUGCACUGUUUCGAAGUAGUUAACAAAAUAGUUUCGUUUGGAUGUUAGGCUCACCAUAAAAACCCUGUUCAAUUUAUUCACCAAACUCUAAUGUGCGACAAACAACUGAGAAUUGAACCUGUGUUUCUGCUAUCAUGUGGGUCUUUCAAUCCAAUUACUGUAAUGCACAUGCGAAUGAUGGAACUAGCGAGAGAUAAGAUUGAAAAUAUGCAUUUGUCAACAAAAGAAUCUCAUCAUGUUUUAUCUCGGGAGAAUAACCAGUUUACUCAAAAAGAAUGUAGUGAUGACCAUCCAAUAAAUCAUGACCAUCGGAAAGUCGUCGUUGGUGGCAUAUUCAGUCCUGUGUCCAAUCUGUAUGAGAAGAAAGGUCUCCUACCGGCCUCUUUACGCGUCGAGCUUACACGAUUAGCCUGUAUUUCUGCAUCCGACUGGUUGGCCGUAAGCAAUUGGGAGUGUUCACAAUCAAGUUGGUUGAGAACUCGAGUGGUUUUAGAUCACAUUUAUAGUGUCUUGAAUAAUACGUACUCGAAUUUAAGUAACAAUGACGAAACCGACAUUGACUCGGUUCCAAGGAAAAAGACUUGCUUCGCACCAAGCAAUUUUUACCCCACUGAUCGUUUAAUUAACGAAGACCACGAACAAAUGAAACUUUCAUCACUAGAAGGCAUGGCAACUGACCUCUGGCUUAAAAGUUGCUUUCAUCAUCUUGACUCUCUUAUUAAUGUUAGUAACGUAAAAUGUAGUGAAAACCAAGUACAUGAUACUAAUGAUGAUCAUUCCAACAGCAAUCUCUCCACUUCAUUAUCAUCUGUAGAUAGAUCAUGUUACUGUCACAAAAACAAUACUGCAAACGUUUUGCUAUCAAAGCCUUGUGUGAAAUUAGUUUGUGGUGCUGAUCUUCUGGAAUCAUUCAAAACUCCAAAUUUGUGGUCAGCAGAAGAUAUUGAAACAAUUGUUCGUGACUAUGGUAUAAUUUGUAUUAGUCGACCUUCAUAUGAGCCAUUAAAAAUUAUCGAUGAAUCAAACAUUUUGAGCAAAUAUAAGGAUAAUAUAAGUUUAGUGAUAGACAAUUGUCAGAAUUCACUAAGCUCUACUUUUGUACGUCAUGCUUUAUCAAAUGGUGAAAGUGUACAAUACCUCGUUCCAGAUCGUACUUUGGAAUAUAUUUAUACACAUAAAUUAUAUGGUGCGAAAAAAAGAUGUGUUAAUCUACUUGAAUCGAAGACUAGAACAGAAGUUCAACACUAAUUACCAAACAUUCCAUGCUGCAUUUUUCAAAUUGUUGAAUCAUUUGAUUAUUCUUGAUAAUAUACAAUUGUAAAUACAACUUUAUAUAAGUAUAUUACUCAUGUUGAUUGGAUUAAAUUUCUUGAAAUUGUGCAAUUACUUUAUUUUAUGAUCCUAUCCAGUCAAAUGAUUUACUUAUUACGCUAUCAUUCGAAAUAGACUUAGACAAUUAAUUUGUUACUCAUCUGCCUAAACCUAUUAUUUCAAUCGUCAUAAAUGCUGAAAAUAUGUGGUAAAUGUAUUUCAUGUAAAUUUUGCGUAAUGUAGUUUAGAAUAUCGUUUCAUUAAGUGUUAUGUGAAAUGUAACAAAAAAACAAUUAUAUUAUCUACGCGAUAGAAACAACAAUGUGUAAACCGUAUCUAAGUUGCUACACUUUUUUUAGUUAUAUAGUAAAGAAAAUAUUUCAUCAGCAC